AUGGCGGAACUCGCCGGCCCGAAGAUUGGCGACGCGCGGAGUCUGUGGAAUUUCACGCCGUCCCCCGGAUGGAAGCUCGAGGAGGUCGCGAAGCUCCGCCUGUGCCUCAUGAAAUUCGGCAUCGGCCGAUGGGUGCAAAUCGUCGACAGCGGGAUCCUCCCCGGGAAGCAGAUCCAGCAGCUGAACGGGCAAACGCAGAGGCUCCUCGGGCAGCAGUCGCUCGCGGAGUACACCGGGAUGCACCUCGACGUCGACCGCGUGCGCGCGGACAACAACGCGAAGCAAGGCCCGGAGAUUUACAGGAAGAACUCGCUCAUCACCAACACGGGCGGGAAGCUGAGCAAAGAGGCGAGGGACGUUCUGCGCGCGGCGAACCAGGAGAAGUACGGACUGAUGCGGGAGCAGAUCGACGCCGUCGUGCUCCCGGAGGCGCCGAAGGGUAAGGGCCCGCUCGGGGCGGACGCGUACAUGGGGAAGAACCACAACAAAGGCGGGAUCGCGGGCGUGAAGCGCGACAGGUGCGAGGACGUCAUGACCGUGGACGUGGACUCGCUCCCCGCGAGCGCGAAGCUCGCGCUGCUCGUCGCGCUUCGGAAGCGGUUGGUCACGCUGCAGGGGUUGGCGGACGGCGACGAGCGCGUCUUGAAGGAGACGCAGAGGUUCCCCGAGAAGGCAAAAAUUGCGACGAAGGCGGCGAAGGGGAAGAAGGCGGGCGCGGCGGGCGGCGGCGGCGGCGGCGGCGGCGCGGGGAUUCAGAACGACGCGCCGACGGCGAAGUCCGCGGAGAAGCCCGCGGCGGCGAAGAAGGCGCGGCGCGACUCCGGCGCCGCCGCCGCCGCGAAAUCCGCGGACGCGGACGCGAUCGCCCAGCUCGUCGCCAUGGGGUUCGACGGCAAAAAGGCCAAGGCUGCGAUCAAAGAAUCGGGCGGGGACGUCAUGGGCGCGGUGAACUGGCUCUGCGCGAACUGCGCGUGA